AUGUCCUCACCCAUAGAGCCCGUAGAGGAGAAGGCCAAGCAAGAGCUCGAAAGCCUUGUCGACCGCGACGUCGACUCAACCGACUCCGACGUCCGGUACAUGGCGUACGGUGCACGUCUCCGGACUGUCUUACGCGCCGGGCAGCGUUACAUCGCCUAUACCAGUGAUGUUGGAGAAGCAUUUCGCCCAGUCGUACCACCAGCAGUCGUGACGGCUGCCUAUGGUAUUUCUUGGUUGUACCUCGGCGGAGACGUUGCAUAUGAGGCGUACAAGGCACACCGGAGAGGGCCGUCUCCUUUGGAGGCAGCACAUUUCUCUGAGCCGACCAGAAUUGGCAUGGUCGCCGUGAAACGCGCCACCUUCCAGUCUAUCGCGUCCAUGGCACUCCCGGCCUUCACCAUUCACACUGCCGUGCAUCAGGCGAAAAAGGCCUUUGCGAACGCGAAGAACCCGCGUGUCAAGACGUGGGGCCCAACCGCGACCGGUCUCGCCAUCGUACCAAUCUUGCCCUAUCUAUUUGACAAGCCUGUAGAGCACGCGACAGACGCUGCAUUCGAAUGGAUAGAGAAGCAGAUCUAUGAGCGGGAGAACAAGGCGUGA